UGAACAUGCAAAAUAGGGUAUGACGUCAUCUGGCGACAUUUGGAGCUAGUGCAGGCUGUGCAGUUACUUUCAUUGGAAAAAAGUUGGCAACACUGGUCGCGGGUUUUAUCGACUAGCACUAAUUAUCUACACAAAGCAGAAAGCAAACGUAUCUUCCAGGGUGAGCUGCUAUGGGGAAGGAGAAGCUCCACAUAAACAUUGUGGUAAUAGGACAUGUUGAUUCAGGCAAGUCCACCACCACCGGCCACCUGAUCUACAAGUGUGGGGGCAUUGACAAGAGAACAAUUGAGAAGUUUGAGAAGGAAGCUGCCGAGAUGGGAAAGGGUUCCUUCAAAUACGCCUGGGUUUUGGACAAGCUGAAGGCAGAGCGUGAGCGCGGCAUCACCAUUGACAUCUCUCUUUGGAAGUUUGAGACCAGCAAGUACUACGUCACCAUCAUUGAUGCUCCAGGACACAGGGACUUCAUCAAGAACAUGAUCACUGGGACUUCUCAGGCCGACUGUGCUGUGCUGAUCGUGGCUGCAGGAGUGGGCGAGUUUGAAGCUGGCAUCUCAAAGAACGGGCAAACUCGCGAACACGCCCUGCUUGCCUACACCCUGGGAGUGAAGCAGCUCAUUGUGGGAAUCAACAAGAUGGAUUCCACUGAGCCCAACUAUAGCCAGAAGCGCUACGAGGAGAUUGUGAAGGAAGUCAGCACUUACAUCAAGAAGAUUGGCUACAACUCUGACACUGUGGCCUUCGUGCCCAUCUCUGGCUGGAAUGGAGACAACAUGCUGGAACCCAGCCCUAAUAUGACCUGGUUCAAGGGCUGGAAGAUCAACCGUAAAGAUGGUAAUGCCUCAGGCACCACACUGCUAGAGGCUCUGGAUGCCAUCCAGCCUCCUACGCGCCCCACUGACAAGCCCCUCCGCCUGCCUCUGCAGGAUGUCUACAAGAUUGGAGGCAUUGGGACCGUACCAGUGGGCAGAGUAGAGACCGGAAUCCUGAAACCUGGCAUGGUGGUGACCUUUGCCCCUAUCAACGUGACCACUGAGGUCAAGUCUGUGGAGAUGCACCACGAGGCCCUGACCGAGGCGCUGCCUGGUGACAAUGUGGGCUUUAAUGUCAAGAAUGUGUCUGUCAAGGACAUUCGCCGUGGAAACGUGGCUGGAGACAGCAGGAACGACCCACCACAAGAGACAGCCAGCUUCACCUCUCAGGUGAUUAUCCUGAACCACCCUGGUCAGAUCAGUGCUGGCUACGCUCCCGUGCUGGAUUGCCACACUGCGCACAUCGCAUGCAAGUUUGCAGAGCUGAAGGAAAAGAUUGACCGUCGCUCUGGUAAGAAGCUUGAAGACAACCCCAAGUCCCUGAAGUCUGGAGAUGCUGCCAUUGUGGACAUGAUCCCCGGCAAGCCCAUGUGUGUGGAGAGCUUCUCUGAGUACCCACCACUGGGGAGGUUUGCGGUCCGUGACAUGCGUCAGACCGUGGCAGUGGGAGUGAUUAAAGGCGUGGAAAAGAAAGCCCCCACUAGCGGUAAGAUCACAAAGUCUGCACAGAAGGCGCAGAAGGCCAAAUGAACGUUGUACUGGGCUGCUGCCCCAAAAGAUCAACAUGGCCGAAGACACACUAGCACCUCGCACCUUCUGCACACCAUAGUCAGCGUCUGGUCUAUUAUCACAAUGCAUCGCAAAAGCAGACGAAGGAAAAAAAAUAACUACCACACUGUUAGUGAUUAACAUGUUACCACACUGGUAUAUAUAGGUUUCAUUGUGACUCCGUUUGUGGCAGAACAACACAAUAAAUUUACAUUACGGCUCUCUGGUUGUGUGCUGUUGUAGUUAGAAUUAAGCUGCUCAUUGAUCUAACCAACAAACUUAGCUGCUUAGCACCAAUAAUAAGGCAGGGAUGUUCUUUUGCCAGGUCUUUGUUGAAGUAAUGCUCUGUGUUCUAGCUUUAAAGGAGAUAUGCUAACUAGCCAGAGGUAGGUUGGCUGCUUGCAUGUUCCCUGUUUGCACCUUAGAGAAACAAGCUUCAGAAACUCUUUGUCUGAUACCUGUAAUCUUCCUGCGUAGCACUCUGCUUGACUUAGGCACCCUUGCAGUAGCACUGUUAAAUGUUACAGGUUACUGUUUAAUUCAUGCACCUUAAUCACUGUUAUUUGUGAGCACAUGUUCAGAAAAGUAAAAUUGUUUAAACAGUA